UUGCUUUGGACGCAACAUCUUCGUGGAGAGAGAGAGAGAGAGAGAGAAUUUCUAUAUUUCUUUUCUAGACAGAAAAAUGUGACGAUUCGUAGCUCCCACACCAAUGGAUCCAAGAAGCAACUCAUCGGUUUCGAGUUCCCUGACUAUAGGCGAGCGAAUCUGCGUUGCAUUCAUCCCGAUAAUUGCCAUUGUCGAGAUUCUGAUUUACGCCGUCUCCAGUUGCUUCGAUUGCCAGCAGACCACCAAGAGAAGUCGGUACGGCUACAUGGAGCUAUCUCUACUCGCUGAGGAAACUCGAUUUACGGUUAAUGAAGUCGAGGCAUUAUAUGAAUUGUUCAAGAAGCUAAGUUGUUCAAUCAUUGACGACGGUUUAAUUCACAAGGAAGAACUUCAGUUGGCGUUGCUCAGAUCUCCAUAUGGCGAAAAUCUUUUUCUAGAUCGGGUUUUCGAUCUGUUUGAUGAAAAGAAAAAUGGUGUCAUUGAAUUUGAUGAGUUUGUCCAUGCACUCAGCGUCUUCCAUCCAUAUGCGCCCAAGGAAGACAAAAUAGACUUUGCUUUUAGGCUUUAUGACUUGAGGAAAACUGGGUUUAUAGAGCGAGACGAAGUGAAGCAAAUGGUGAUUGCAAUCAUGAUGGAAACUGACAUGAAGCUAUCUGAUGAUCUUCUUGAGGCUAUUAUUGACAAGACAUUUGCUGAUGCUGAUGCUGACAGCGACGGUAAAAUUGACAAAGAUGAAUGGAAAGCCUUUGUUCUUCGGCAUCCCAACCUCUUAAAGAACAUGACUCUUCCUUAUUUGAAGGACAUCACUACAGCAUUUCCAAGUUUUGUAUUCAACACCGAGGUUGAAGACUGAGAUUUCAAGGUCCUUCAAGCCUAUGGAAUGAAAUCCUUACAUAAAAAAGAUUGGAGGCUUUUGAGCUUAAAGCAUUGCCGCAUUUAGCUCCCAAAAAGGCUUCGAUCCAUGUCCUUAUUUUGUACAUCAUUGCUGGAAAUGGUGAAGAUGCAGUGUUUCCAAGACAAGUCUCCAAACUGCAGCGUGGCUCGAUUAUAUGACACUCAUUCAUUUUGCAGAAUCCAGAAAAAUUGUAUUUGUACAGUAUUCAAACAGAAAAAAACUUCGAAAACAUUUGGAGUGUAAUUAUUUUCUGUACACCUUCGACUUGGAUCGAUGGAGUUAUGCAUUUUUGAGAGUUGUAAAAUAGAUAUAACUAGGGGUCAUUUAGUGAUUGCUGCCACAAAAACUUGUAUGAGACCUGUUCUAAACAUGAAGAAGGUUGUAUACAUUCCGGGAUUUUUAACUAAUUUUCAA